AUGCCUCCUAAACAAUUGGUGGACCCUUUUUCCCUUCAAGUAGGUAAUAAGAAGGAAACGACACUUGCCAAUGUCGCUGCGCACACAGCUGUUACUCUCACAGACAUACGCCGGCGGAACCCACAACUUGAUGUCUACAAAAUUAGUGACAAACUGCCUGCAGGCACUAUUGUCCAUCUGCCACAGACCCUGAGCGAGCGGGGGAACCCUUAUGGUUGCUUCUUUACAAUUGGUGAGGCAGAGGAUGCGAUGCGUAAACUGGAGGCAAGGUUAGAUAGGCUCCUGGAAGAGGAAGGGCCAAACCUACCGGAGCUCCCCACCCGCAGAGUGUUGUCCAAAAUGGAGAGGAUUGUAACCCAAGUAAAAGAAGAAGGCGAGCGCCAACUGGCCCGUGUUAGGGAAGAGUACAGUGAGUGCGAGCGGCGACCUGCUCUUUUGCAGUUUCUCGUGGACUUAGAACCGGUGAAGAGGCUACGAGAGCAACUUGACGAAGAGUACGACGGACGAAAGCUUCGUCUAAAGGUAAUGGAUGAGGGAAAUAGCGAGCUUUUCCGCCAAGCGGAGCCGCGCUACCCAAACAAGGGCAUCGCAGCGAGCUUACGUCAUAACGUUAUCGACACCUCGGAAGAUUUUUGUUUGACUGAACACUCGCACCGUUGGGAGUUUACUUUCUUCACACCUGGGUCCACUACAGAGCCUCAGGAAACAUGGGCUGUACUGUCGUGCCAGAGCUUAGGCACCCUGCUUGACACUUUUGUCUGCCGUAAUUGUAUCCCAGUGAACAUUUCAAAGAAUGCAUUUUUCUUUAUUGGAGGUACCUUCUACGUUGACAAUCGCCACGCAGGAGAGGGUGGGGAGGACUAUGAAGAUUUGACGGCACCCAUCCGGCACUUCGAUCCCUGUGGAGAAGGCGCGAGUACGGAGGGUGAAACAAGGCAGAAAAACAUCGCGUUUGGAAACUGCCCCGUCAAAUACGUUUCACAGACUACCUUUGGAGAUCUUAACUUGCGGUUGGGUGAGUAUGGCGUCAUGCGACACCUCGGAUGGUGCAACCAUUACUUUUACCUUAGUUCAGUCACUAGCUUACGUGGUUUUGAUCGAGAUGACCACACGAGGGCAGCGUACCCACAGCGUGUGAUGAAGACUCCGACCCGUGUAGUGCGAUGUCGCCUGUGUAGGAGUCAUCCAGCAACAGUUGUGUGUUACAAUGAUGAAAUUUCACCUGAGAGCCCCUGUCCCUAUUGCGUUCCAUGUUUCGAAUUACUACACGCAACAGAUGAGGGAGAAGUCGAGGAAGGUAAGUUUUUUGCAAUUAGGCUCCCUCAAGGAAAGUACUACACUGCUUAA